CGCAACGUGAGCUGAUGGGGGCGGAGAGAAGCCCUCAGAGGCCAGGACAAAAGCCGGAUCCCGGGCGGUGGCGGGAGGGUGGCGCGCUCCGGGUAGUGGCCUGUGAUUCAAGGCCUGUGGAGGGAGCGCCGCGCACAGACUUUCGCAGAGAGGUAGAGCAGGUCCCUCUGCAGCCAUGUCGGCCAAGGCGAUUUCAGAGCAGACUGGCAAAGAACUUCUUUACAAGUACAUCUGCACCAGCUCGGCCAUCCAGAACCGGUUCAAGUAUGCCAGGGUCACCCCUGACACAGACUGGGCCCAUCUGCUGCAGGACCACCCCUGGUUGCUCAGCCAAAGAUUGGUGGUCAAGCCAGACCAACUGAUCAAACGACGUGGAAAGCUGGGCCUAGUUGGGGUCAACCUCACUCUGGAUGGUGUCAAGUCCUGGCUGAAGCCACGGCUGGGACAGGAAGCUCUGGUAGGCAAGGCCAGAGGCUUACUCAAGAACUUUCUGAUCGAACCCUUCGUCCCACACAGUCAGGCAGAAGAGUUCUACGUCUGCAUCUAUGCUACCCGAGAAGGUGACUACGUCCUGUUCCACCACGAGGGAGGGGUGGACGUAGGCGACGUGGAUGCCAAAGCCCAGAAACUGCUCGUUGGUGUGGAUGAGAAGCUGAAUCCUGAGGACAUCAAGAAACACCUAUUGGUCCAUGCCCCUAAAGACAAGAAAGAAAUUCUGGCCAGUUUUAUCUCCGGCCUCUUCAAUUUAUAUGAAGAUCUGUACUUCACCUACCUCGAGAUCAACCCCCUUGUUGUGACCAAAGAUGGCGUCUACAUUCUUGACUUGGCGGCUAAGGUAGAUGCCACUGCCGAUUACAUCUGCAAAGUGAAGUGGGGCGAUAUAGAGUUCCCUCCCCCCUUUGGGCGUGAGGCUUAUCCAGAGGAAGCCUACAUUGCAGACCUGGAUGCCAAAAGUGGAGCAAGCCUGAAGCUGACCUUGCUGAACCCCAAGGGGAGGAUCUGGACCAUGGUGGCUGGGGGUGGUGCCUCAGUCGUGUACAGUGAUACCAUCUGUGACCUAGGGGGUGUCAAUGAGCUGGCGAACUAUGGGGAGUACUCGGGUGCCCCCAGCGAGCAGCAGACCUAUGACUAUGCCAAGACGAUCCUCUCCCUCAUGACCCGCGAGAAGCACCCAGAUGGCAAGAUCCUCAUCAUUGGAGGCAGCAUUGCGAACUUUACCAACGUGGCUGCCACGUUCAAGGGUAUUGUGAGAGCGAUUCGAGAUUUCCAGGGCCCCCUAAAGGAGCACGAGGUCACUAUCUUUGUCCGAAGAGGUGGUCCCAACUAUCAAGAGGGCUUACGGGUGAUGGGAGAAGUUGGGAAGACCACUGGAAUCCCCAUCCAUGUGUUUGGCACAGAGACUCAUAUGACGGCCAUUGUGGGCAUGGCCCUGGGCCACCGGCCCAUCCCCAAUCAGCCACCUACAGCCGCCCAUACUGCAAACUUCCUCCUCAACGCCAGUGGGAGCACAUCGACUCCAGCCCCCAGCAGGACUGCGUCUUUUUCUGAGUCCAAGGCUGAUGAAGUGGCACCUGCAAAGAAGGCCAAGCCUGCUAUACCACAGGAUUCAGUCCCAAGUCCAAGAUCCCUGCAAGGAAGGAGCCACCUGGUGGAGGGAGGAGGUGAGAGGAAUAUAGCCUGCUGCUCUGGCCUGGCCCCUUGCCAGAGCCCCGGAGAUAAGGGGAGGAGUGCCACCCUCUUCAGCCACCACACCAAGGCCAUCGUGUGGGGCAUGCAGACGCGGGCCGUGCAAGGCAUGCUGGACUUUGACUACGUCUGCUCCAGAGACGAGCCCUCAGUGGCUGCCAUGGUCUACCCUUUCACUGGGGACCACAAGCAGAAGUUUUAUUGGGGUCACAAAGAGAUCCUGAUCCCUGUCUUCAAGAACAUGGCUGAUGCCAUGAAGAAACACCCUGAGGUAGAUGUGCUGAUCAACUUCGCCUCUCUCCGCUCCGCCUAUGACAGUACCGUUGAGACCAUGAGUUAUGCACAGAUCCGGACCAUUGCCAUCAUAGCUGAAGGUAUCCCUGAGGCCCUCACGAGGAAGCUGAUCAAGAAGGCAGAGCAGAAGGGUGUGACCAUCAUUGGACCUGCCACUGUUGGAGGCAUCAAGCCUGGGUGCUUUAAAAUCGGGAAUACAGGUGGGAUGCUGGACAACAUCCUGGCUUCCAAACUGUACCGCCCUGGCAGCGUGGCCUACAUCUCGCGUUCUGGGGGCAUGUCCAACGAGCUCAACAAUAUCAUCUCUCGAACCACGGAUGGUGUCUAUGAGGGCGUGGCCAUUGGUGGGGACAGGUACCCUGGUUCAACAUUUAUGGAUCACGUGUUACGUUACCAGGACACUCCAGGAGUCAAAAUGAUUGUGGUUCUUGGAGAGAUAGGGGGCACUGAGGAGUAUAAGAUCUGCCGGGGCAUCAAGGAGGGCCGCCUCACCAAGCCUGUGGUCUGCUGGUGCAUCGGGACCUGUGCUACCAUGUUCUCUUCUGAGGUACAAUUUGGCCAUGCCGGAGCUUGUGCCAACCAGGCUUCUGAAACUGCAGUAGCCAAGAACCAGGCUUUGAAAGAGGCAGGAGUCUUUGUGCCCCGGAGCUUCGAUGAACUUGGAGAAAUCAUCCAGUCUGUGUACGAGGAUCUUGUGGCCAAAGGGGCCAUUGUACCUGCUCAGGAGGUACCGCCCCCGACGGUGCCGAUGGACUACUCCUGGGCCAGGGAGCUGGGCUUGAUCCGCAAACCUGCCUCAUUCAUGACCAGCAUCUGCGACGAGCGAGGACAGGAGCUCAUCUACGCGGGUAUGCCCAUCACUGAGGUCUUCAAGGAAGAGAUGGGCAUUGGCGGGGUCCUCGGUCUCCUCUGGUUCCAGAGAAGGUUGCCCAAGUACUCCUGCCAGUUCCUUGAGAUGUGCCUGAUGGUGACAGCCGAUCAUGGGCCAGCCGUGUCUGGCGCUCACAAUACCAUCAUCUGUGCUCGGGCUGGGAAGGACCUGGUUUCCAGCCUCACCUCGGGGCUGCUCACUAUUGGGGACCGGUUUGGGGGCGCCCUGGAUGCAGCAGCCAAGAUGUUCAGCAAAGCCUUCGACAGUGGCAUUAUUCCCAUGGAGUUUGUAAACAAGAUGAAGAAGGAAGGAAAACUGAUCAUGGGCAUCGGUCACCGAGUGAAGUCGAUAAAUAACCCAGACAUGCGAGUGCAGAUCCUCAAAGAUUACGUCAAACAGCACUUCCCUGCCACCCCCCUGCUCGACUAUGCGCUGGAAGUGGAGAAGAUUACCACCUCAAAGAAACCGAAUCUUAUCCUGAAUGUAGAUGGCUUCAUCGGAGCUGCAUUUGUAGACAUGCUUAGAAACUGUGGGUCCUUUACUCGGGAAGAAGCUGAUGAAUAUAUUGACAUUGGAGCCCUCAAUGGCAUCUUUGUGCUGGGAAGGAGUAUGGGCUUCAUUGGACACUAUCUUGAUCAGAAGAGACUGAAGCAGGGGCUGUAUCGUCACCCAUGGGAUGAUAUUUCAUAUGUUCUUCCGGAACACAUGAGCAUGUAACUGAGCCAGGAACUGUGUUGCAGUAAAGUGAAGACAAGAUCUCCUCCCCCCAGAAAUAGUGUGCAGACAGCUGGCACUGGAGCUUGCUAUAGGAUGGGCCUGGAAUAUAAACAGCCGUUGGUAUACAGGCACCGAAGACCAAUACUCACAGGCUAACACUGUUUAGUCCACACAAUGAAGCUUAAUAUUUUUUUUAUAAGCAUAGAAAUAAAAACCAAGCCAAUAUUUGUGACAUCUGCUCUGCCACCUGCUGUGUUUAUUAUAUAAAAGCAUCUAAGCACUGUCAGGAUGGCAUUUUUCCUUAUUAUAGGGCGUUAUAAUGUUGCUUUCUUUUUUCCGUUAGUUAAAAAUUUUCCCUUGGAGGAAGGGAAUGAAACUUUUAAGACUUCAAGAUAUUAUACAUUUAAAGCAUCCCUAAUGUCUUGUUUUCCUGCUUAUAUAACCUGAAGAGCAUUGUAUUAAUCUGAUUUUUUUUUAUGAUCUUUUUGUAUGUUAUGCGUGAAGGAUUUGUUCGGUAUCUCACUGAAACAUUUCAUGUUGUAGACUAAAGUCUGCUUCUGUCAGGGGGAUUGGACCAUUGCAUCCUUAGCCACUAUCACAAAAUAUGUGGAAUAGUGAUUUAAAAUGUAAAGUUGCAACAUACAUGUUUAAAAUGGAAACACAAAGAAAAAGCUGUGAAAUGUCUUGUGUCUUAUGUUCUCUGUAUUUAUGCAACUGAUCUGUCUUACUGAAGUCUGGGUCCAAGGACUCAUCUCCAACCAGUUUGCAUCUGUAAUCCACAAAGAUUCUGGGCAGCUCCCACCUCAGUCUCUUCUCUGUAUUAUCAUAAUUUGGUUUAAAUAAACUAUAUAGUAACAAUGAA